CUUCUGCAUGCCAAUUGUUUCUUGGGGAAACUCGGUGAAUGUGAUCGUUAGGUGUUGGGUGCUGAAGAAAUCUUGAGAAUUGUCGUGUAAUUCGUCUGUGAUUUAAAGAACAUUGUGCACAUAUCUACAAUUUGACAUUCUUUCGCGUUAUUCAGAGUGGCCCUCACCAUCUGUCUAGUUUCUAGGGAUUGACAACCAUGGAAGAAAGUACAUCUCUCUGCAGUAAUUGCCAACGGCCAAUUGCAGCUAGCAACUUUGUCAUUCACAGUCUUCACUGUCAACGCAAUCUAACAAAAUGUGAGAAAUGUGGUGAAGCUGUUCCUCGCUCCGCAAUGGAUGAACAUGAAUCAGAGUUCCAUGCUAAAGUGAAUUGCCCUGAUUGUCACAUGGCUGUUGAAAGACCGCAACUAGAAGCUCAUAAGAAAACAGCCUGUAUCUCACGUCAACAGCACUGUCCAUUCUGUGAACUUGAGCUACCUGCAAGUGAAAUGUAUGAUCAUGAAAAUUACUGUGGUAGUCGCACAAAGAAAUGUGAAGACUGUGGAGAAUAUGUGAUGCUCAAAUAUGAACAAUUGCACAUUGAUUCCAAUCAUGGAUUUUUGAAAUUAGAUGAUGAACCAGGUCCAAUUGCAACUUGGAUAAAAAAUGACCUUGAGAGUGGUAGCUCGAGACCAGCUAAAUCAAAUAACAAUCAAAAACCUCAACUAUAUACCGGGAAGUUUGAUAUUGGCGAUGAAGAUGAAGUAGAUGACAUGCAUAGCUUGUUUGCAAACCUCAUGAAGAAGAAAAAAGUAAUUGCACCUGCUGCCUAUCCAGGUGUGGCAUAUCCAAUCUCUGAUCGGCCUCAGAGAACAAUCUCCAGGUCUCCUCCACCAUAUCAAGAAGUUAUGGAAGAUUCUACAGAUUUGGUAGCUCUGCCUUGUGAAUUUUGUGAGGCUAUGAUACCUGUUAAUCAAUUGAUUCUUCAUCAAACUGCUUGCAGAAUGGACUUAACUAGUUUUGGAAGAGGCAAAAAGAGUCACAAUGAAAGUAGUAAGAAACAUUAUUCUGGUUUAGUGACCAAUGAUAGUGAUAAUGAAGGUGAUGAGGGAGAUCUAAAUCUUGGAAGCCAAGUCCCUGACGAAAUCCCGAAACAACGUGUACGUCAAAUUGGAGCAUUUACUGACACUCGGAGAAAUGCAAUUGAUGAGGGGAAUACUGACAGGCGAAGAAAUCACAGUGUUGCUGAUCGAAAAACGGGUGUUGAUGAAGGAAGUGAGGCAGCAUUGAGAGAGGAUCUGGAAGAAGAAGGUAUUUAUCUCCUACCCUGUGAAUUUUGUGGAGAUGGCUACCCCCCAAGUCUUCUGCUAGAGCAUCAAGAUGUUUGUGAAUAUCACCCCAAGAGUUUUCGAGAAGUUCAAGAGGUGUGGCCAGAAAAUAAAGAUGGUGUGUCUGUUAAAAAGCCACAGGAAUCUCAAAUGCACCAUAGAUCACGGAAAUUUGAUGAAUCUGAUUAUAAUACUUUUGUUGAUGCCGAGCAACAGAGCAAUGGUGCUCGCGGUAAGAGUAACAUUUCAAAUUCUUAUAAUGAUUUACGAGGCAACUUUACAGUGGCUAGCGAAUGGAGUGAUGAUAGUGAUUCAAGACCAACAUCAGCUACUGGAGCCAUUCCUAAACAGAAGGCAGGAAAACUAAACAUUGCUCGCAAAGUCAACCAAGAAGUACAGAGCGCCAGACCCUCCAACGCAGUGAUGGGGAACCAUUCAAGAUUGUUAGCUGACAAGGGUAAUGUAAAUUCCCAUGGUGAUCGUAAUCAGAGGUAUCAAAUUCGUAACAAUCUUAAGGAUCAAAAUGGUGGUGAUGAUGAUGAUGAUGAUGAUGAUGAUGAAUAAAUUCUUGUGUUUCAUAGAAAAAUUACUCUCUGGCUCCUGGUGACCAGAUUGUACAUUUACUCUUUGGGGCACUUUUAUGCUGAUCUUUUAUGUCUCUGUCUCAAAAGUUUGAAACUUUUUCUGUAUUACUGAAAUGACCAAGUAGUAACUUAUUAUUAUAUCUAAAACGGGUUAUUGUCUUUUUUGUGGUAAUACAGGUGAUAAUUUUUGUACAUAUUAAGCCAGGUGGAAAAUUACCAUUAAUUGUGAUGUUGCCUACCGUUCAUUGCAUAGCAUUCCAUCCUUGUUUUCUUUAUAGACAUUUUCCUAAUCUGAUAAAUGCAUUUUGUGGCACCAGUUGUCAUCUACUCUUGAUAAUAUGCAAUGAGGUCUAAUUUGCGAUUAUUGAUUCUUGUUUCUAUUUAGGUAUUUCUCCACCUGUCAUUGUUGUGCUUAAUCAGCUCUGUUAUAAUUUAAUGAAGAUUAGAGAAACCAAAAAGUGCUUUGGCCUUUUAACACUUGUUUGCCUACUUGAAUUGCCUUGUAAUACUUAUGGAUUUUUUCUUUCAAAUGAAAGGAAACAUCAUUUUGUGAUAAGCCAGACUUACAAAUACUGAAGUGAUGUGUGGGUGUUCAGAAUUUAAAGGCUGCUUCAAAUAAUUAUUGAACAGCCAAACCAUUUUUUAACUAUUUUAGAAUGUCACAACGCUCUUAUUAUAUUUAUUGUUUUGUUUCAAUGAAGAUGACCAGUAUUAUGCCUGCUGCAUGCAUGCAGCAUAUUCUUGUAGAUUGUAUUUAUGGUAUUCAGUUUCAAAUUGGACAUUAGUCAAGAAGAAGUGUGACCUUGAAGAUUUAACUUCAUCGCUUACCUAAGAAGUAUAGACAGUUUUAUGCAUAAAUCAAUCUAUUUAGGUAUUUUAUUCACAUUCUUCUGAACCAGAAAACAAGCUUUUUUAAAGAAGCUAUCUUUGUUUCUAUUUAGGAAAAUAGUCAUCUACAAGCUCCCCCUUUUUUGCUGUGUUGUGGGAUAGCAGGCAUCUUUUAAUUGUGCUUAUUGCAAUGCUCUGUCAUCUUCUUGGGUGUUGGACAUUUUUAUUUUCAUUAAUUUCUUAUUCUGGCGAUGUGUGAAAUUUGUGUGCUGUGAACUUAUCCCUGUGGCAUCUUUUUUAUAAGACUGGUAUUAUCCUGUGAAGAUAAUGCUUGUCAGCAUCAUCAUACAUUGUAUACCUGAUUUGACAUAGAGGUAGCUCAAGGGAAUUGUGAUAGUUGUAAAUCUUCUUGUCUCUUAAAACCUCUCCUUGUCAACUAUUGACCCUGUACUAGCUCAUAGGUCAGUCAUAAGAUAGACCAUGAUUAGGGUUAUGACAUUUUGGUACUGUGUAUCAUAGUGAAAGUAUGAAUUAAAAUCUAGUUUAUCAGUUGAGACAA